GGACUCUCCAGCAUGCGCCUGUUUGCUUGGUGCCGCUCUCUUGAUAAAUCACAACAAAGCUUCCAGAAGGAGAGGAAGGAUGGACGGCACCACUGCCCCUGUCACUAAAUCUGAAGCUGCCAAGUUAGUUAAGAGAAAUUUCCUGGAGGCUCUAAAGUCCAAUGACUUCGGAAAAUUGAAGGCUAUUUUAAUCCAAAGGCAAAUAGAUGUGGACACUGUUUUUGAAGUCGAAGAUGAGAAUAUGAUUUUGGCAUCUUAUAAACAAGGUUAUUGGUUGCCUAGCUAUAAAUUAAAGUCUUCCUGGGCCACAGGCCUGCAUCUCUCUGUCUUGUUUGGUCAUGUGGAAUGCCUUCUGGUGCUACUGGACCACAAUGCUACCAUCAACUGUAGACCAAAUGGGAAAACCCCUCUUCAUGUGGCUUGUGAAGUGGCUAAUGUGGAUUGUGUUAAGGUCCUCUGUGAUAGAGGGGCAAAACUCAAUUGCUACUCCUUAAGUGGACACACAGCUUUGCACUUUUGUACAACUCCAAGUUCCAUUCUCUGUGCCAAGCAAUUGGUUUGGAGAGGGGCGAAUGUGAACAUGAAGACCAACAACCAAGAUGAGGAGACGCCCUUGCACACGGCUGCCCACUUCGGCCUCUCAGAGCUGGUGGCCUUCUACGUGGAGCACGGGGCCGUAGUGGACAGCGUGAAUGCCCACAUGGAGACGCCCCUGGCCAUCGCCGCCUACUGGGCCCUCCGCUUUAAAGAGCAGGAGUACAGCACCGAGCACCACCUCAUCUGCCGCAUGCUGCUCGACUACAAAGCCGAGGUCAAUGCCCGGGAUGACGACUUUAAAUCUCCCCUCCACAAGGCAGCCUGGAACUGUGACCACGUGCUCAUGCACAUGAUGCUAGAAGCUGGCGCCGAAGCCAAUCUCAUGGAUAUCAAUGGCUGUGCUGCCAUCCAGUAUGUACUGAAGGUCACCUCUGUGCGCCCUGCUGCGCAGCCUGAGAUCUGCUACCAGCUCCUGUUAAAUCACGGGGCAGCCCGAAUAUACCCUCCACAGUUCCACAAGGUGAUACAGGCCUGCCAUUCUUGUCCUAAAGCAAUUGAAGUUGUAGUCAAUGCCUAUGAACACAUCAGAUGGAACACAAAGUGGAGAAGAGCUAUCCCUGAUGAUGACUUGGAGAAAUACUGGGAUUUUUACCACUCUCUCUUUACUGUGUGCUGUAACUCUCCAAGGACUCUCAUGCAUUUAUCGAGAUGUGCCAUUAGAAGAAUGUUACACAACAGAUGUCACAGAGCAAUUCCUUUGCUUUCCCUCCCAUUGUCAUUGAAAAAGUACUUGCUUUUAGAGCCAGAGGGAAUUAUUUAUUAAGCCUUAUGAGACAGCAGGUCCCAAUCCUAGGUAUUUAAGUGGACUCUCUGGGUAGACACAGUUUGCAUAAAUAAUAUGGUACUUGGGUUGAUUAUAACACUUCAGGGAUUUCAAAACACUUUACAAACACUAUGUCAUUAAUCCUAGCAUAUCAUUGUAUGGGGAAAUAAACAAGAAGUAAAGUUAAGGAAUUUUCAAAGACAAGGAUGUGUUCAGAACACACUAAUAUAACGGUAAUAACUAAUACAUAUAGUGCUUUUACUAAGUGCCUGAAAUAUUUUUCUAAAACUUUUCAUAUCUUAUCUCAUCUGAAAUGGGACCCAGGUUUUCUUCCAACCAGUCUAAUUCUCUGCCUUAUCAGUAAUAUCUUUACAUUCUCAUUCAGACAGCCACAUAGCAGGCUUUGUGAUUGGCCUCUUAAACUUGGUGUCUUCCCCCAUUAUCCCUUAGCAAUAAUUACUGUCGCUAGUUUUGCAAACUCCUACUCCCCAAACCAAGCUACUCAAGUUUAUUUCAGUGAUGAAAGCACAUGAGCUUAGUCAAAACAAGGAGAUAUUGGAGUCAAAUUAGGAAUGAGAACAAAAUAUCAGCCCAGUUAUUAGUCAAGGAUGGACAUUUGAACACACAUCAUUGAGCCGGAGACUGGAGAUGCAAAGAUGAGUCCCGUGUGACUCCUGCCCUCCAAGAUCUCACCAUUUAGCUUAGGAUCCAGACAUACAUGCAGGUAACUGCAAUAUAAAGGGACGGGGCAAGAGUACAGGUGCAGACUCAUUUUUAGUGCUUGUCUUUCAGAGUUGUGUUACUGACAUGAAGUGUGAUUUUUCUUUUAAGCAUGAAGAUAAGGAGUGAAGGGGUUAUGUAAAGUAAAGGGAUCUCCUGCUUUUGUUAGUAUAUUUUAAGUUUUUUUAACAUCUAGAUAAGUGUGUUAUUUGGUUAGUACUAUAAGUAUGUUAUUUGGUUAGACUCCUUGAGAAAAAUAUUCCACACUCAAUGACUCCCAUGCAUGUGACAAGGAAGUAUAGGAAAAUAGGGGAAAGAAAGCAUGUGAGGGGACUUAGCUGAUUACUUUGGUCUUUUUAUGUAGCAGACUGACAUUUCAUAGCAUUUUAGCUAAAAGAUAAGGAGCACUUUGCUAGUGACAGUGGAUUACAAAAAGUAAAUAAAGAGAGACUUUUUGAAAAUGGUAAAAAUUUGAGAAACUUGAGAAGGUAAGUGUGUUAAUCAGGCUUGCUAGUUAGAGUAUUGCAGAAAGAGAAAUGUAGGUGAUUAAGCUCUGGGCCUUGUGGUUUAUGAGGUCAAUUUUGCUUCACUUUUUUAUUCUUGCUCAUCACUUUUAGUUAAGCUCAUUGCCUCUUAGCAUCAUUUCUUAGAGGUUAAAGCAGAAGUAAAUUGCAAACAAAUCUGUCAGUCGUGAGUAGGUUUAUUUUAUGUGUGUAGUUCUCCAUCAUAUUUAACUUUGGAUGCUGGAGUGUUGAAUAGAGAUGAUGUCAAAUAUUCCACUAGGCUUUCAUUUAAUGUAACUGGUGAUCACCUAACUGGUUAAUCCCAGUUUAGACUGUGCUUCUGAACUGGGAUUCUCUUACCCCUAGGGGUGUGGAGUAAAAGUCAUAGGUGGAUAGUUUUUUAGUCUUUUAAGUAUCAGUUUUACUCAGAUAUUUUGGGGGAAAUAUUUUUGUACUAAAACAAGAUCUAUAUCAUGGAACAGAAUGGUGAAUUUGUAUGAAUUAUUCAUAUAAAGCUUGAUCUUUCAAAAAAUAGUUUGCUUGCAGCAAGUAGUAUUAGAACACAUCCUAGAACAGAAUGAAAUGCAUUUUGCAGAAACUUGGACGGAGCUGGAGACCAUUAUUCUAAGUGAAGUAACUCAGGAGUAGAAAGUGAAAUACUGUAUGUUCUCACUUAUAAGUGGGAGCUAAGUGAUGAGGAUACAAAGACAUACAGAUAUAAUGAACUGUGAGGACGUGUGAGGGGAAGCUUGAGAGAGGGGUGAGGGAUCAAAGACUACAUACUGGGUAUAGUGUACACUCCUCGGGUGACAGGUGCACUAAAAUCUCAAAAUUCACCGCUAAAGAAUUUAUCCAUGUAAUCAAAAACCACCUCUACCCCCCAAAACCAUUGCAAUCUUAAAAAUAGCAAUAAUUUAAAAAAUAAAAAAAAGAACACACUCUGGAGCAAUCGGAGGAUUGCUUGGUGCCCUGCAUCUUAAGGAGAAUUCUGGCAGAAAAGCUCAUGACGCACUGACUUGGGGCAAGUAAAACUGAUGUUGGAGACAAAGGGAGACAAAGGAAUAGGAUUCCUGUUCCUUCCCCAGGGAAUGAAAACUUUUCUUAUUCACUUUGCUUGUGCUCAAACACUCAUGUUAAUCUAGUAUAGAAUACAUGAAUACAUGGCUACUUGUUUCUAACUGUUUGUUGGUGGAUUUAAAAUGGUUUUUCCUUAUCUUUGAACUUUUAUUUAGAGAACACAAAUAAAGCUCUUCUGUCUUCUUUCA